AUGAGUGAAGGGACUGUAGCACAAUUAGAGCGUAAUGGGAGGAACCUGGGAGAGUAUUUAUUGGCUAUUCGGUUCUAAUCAAUUUUAAAAUCCGUCAGGGAAAAAUAUCAGCAAUUCACCGUCUUAGCUCAUUCGCCGGAUCAGUAAUGGCAGACGAGAUUGAACUGAAAACAGCCCCAGCUGACUUUCGUUUCCCUACAACAAAUCAAACUAGACAUUGUUUCACCCGUGCUUGGCUGCAAAAGGAGAAUCUAAUGAAUGUGAGAGAUUUGCCAAAUACUAUCUUUCUCUUUGUCCUGGUGAAUGGGUUGAGAGGUGGAGUGAGCAGAGGGAGAAUGGUACUUUCCCAGGUCCUCUGUGAUUGCACAUUGAAAAUAAGGUGAUUCUUCUCUGGCAUGGGGAGUUCAUAUUCUUCUCUUGAUCUUAUAUUUGGCUAGUUUCAAUGUCUAUCCUAGAAUUCUUUGAAUUAAUAAGCUACAAAUGGAGAUUUAUUGGAUUUAUCGAGCAAUAAUGCACUAUAGUCGAUUAGUCGGUCAAAAACUGGAGUAUGACCUUUGAUGUUUUCCCGAUGUCUUAAUUCAUGAACCUGCAAAUUUAGCCGAUUGUUUCAGAGCUUUGUCAGGUCCAAAAGCAGUGUCAAGGUUGAACAUUAUUUUAACCAAUCUCUUUUGAGCUUUUGUUCUUUAAACCAGAAUCAAAUACAUGCCUGAGAUUGUUUA